CCCUCCUCCUCCUCUGAUCAGCUCAUCAGAUUUUCUCGGAAGCAAAACCAUUCGACCAAAUUUUAAGAAAUUUCCACAGAGUUUCUCUCGAGAAUUUUCGCUUCCGGCGAAGCUGCAAAAGCAAGCGAGGAUCAACAAACUCGUUUCCCUCCCAUAUUAGGUUGUGUUUGUUCAUCUCACGUUUAAUUUCUUCGCGCUGUGUCGAAUUCGAAGACACAGCCAAAAAUUCUAUGGAUUCGUCAACGUCAAUGGCGCUAUCGUGUGUUCGGUGUCUCGCGAGAAGGAUAUAGAGAAGAAGAAGAAGGAAAAGCAAAAUCAGGAUUUGUGGAUUUUAGUUUUUGGGGUGAAAUUUCAUUUGAAUGGGAAACACAUGCGUGGGUCCGAAUCUGAACGCUAAUGGAUUCCUUCAAUCCGUUAGUGCCGCCGUGUGGCGGAAUCAGAAACCAGACGAGAGCAUUAAGAGCAACAAGGACGAGAGCAGCCGGAAGAAGAGCGUCAAUGCCGGCGACGACGCUAAUCGAAAUCCAGGCGACGCCGCUUCCUCCGCCUUGGAUCCAGCUCCGAUUCCGACUCCGAGCACCCCACCUCCUCCGGUGAAAAUGGCGAACGAAGAACCACCCAAGAGCAAAAUCCCGGAGGAGGAAGGGAAAAUCGACGGCGACGCGGCGGACUCGAGGCCGAAGAAAGAGGCGCACAUGAAACGAAUGGCGAGCGCGGGGCUCCAAAUCGAGUCGGUGCUCGGGAGGAAAACGGAGAAUCUCAAGGAAAUCUACAGCGUCGGUAGGAAACUAGGCCAGGGGCAAUUCGGGACGACGUUUCUCUGCGUGGAGAAGAAGACCGGGAACGAGUUCGCCUGCAAGACGAUCGCCAAGAGGAAACUCACGACCCCCGAGGACGUGGAGGACGUGAGGAGAGAGAUUCAGAUAAUGCACCAUCUCUCCGGGCACCCGAACGUGAUUCAGAUCGUCGGCGCGUACGAAGACGCCGUCGCUGUUCACGUGGUGAUGGAGAUUUGUGCAGGAGGAGAGCUCUUCGACAGGAUCAUACAGAGAGGGCACUACACCGAGAAAAAAGCUGCUGAGCUUGCGAGGAUCAUCGUUGGUGUCAUACAAGCUUGCCACUCUCUAGGCGUGAUGCACCGUGAUCUCAAGCCUGAGAAUUUCUUGUUUGUAAACGGAGACGAAGAAGCCGCACUCAAGACUAUCGAUUUUGGUCUCUCUGUCUUCUUUAAGCCAGGAGAAACGUUCACUGAUGUAGUUGGGAGCCCUUACUAUGUGGCACCAGAAGUUUUAAGGAAGCAUUAUAGUCAUGAAUGUGAUGUUUGGAGUGCUGGAGUUAUUAUAUACAUCUUACUUAGUGGUGUGCCUCCGUUUUGGGAUGAAACGGAGCAAGGCAUCUUUGAGCAGGUUUUGAAAGGUGACCUUGACUUUGUAUCAGAACCAUGGCCUAGUGUAUCAGAAAGCGCCAAAGAUUUGGUGCGUCGGAUGCUGAUCAGAGACCCUAAGAAGCGAAUGACUGCUCACGAAGUUCUCUGUCAUCCUUGGGCCAGAGUGGAUGGUGUUGCUCUUGAUAAACCUCUUGAUUCUGCUGUCCUCAGCCGUUUGAAACAGUUUUCAGCCAUGAACAAACUCAAGAAAAUUGCUAUCAAGGUGAUAGCAGAGAGCUUGUCAGAGGAAGAAAUAGCGGGAUUGAAGGAAAUGUUCAAGAUGAUAGAUACAGACAAUAGUGGACACAUCACUCUUGAAGAACUCAAGAAGGGCUUGGAUAGAGUUGGUGCUAACCUAAAAGAUUCAGAAAUAUUAGGAUUAAUGCAAGCAGCGGAUAUAGAUAACAGUGGGACUAUAGACUAUGGAGAGUUUAUAGCAGCGAUGGUGCAUUUAAACAAAAUAGAGAAAGAAGACCAUUUGUUCACAGCUUUCUCUUACUUUGAUAAAGAUGGAAGUGGUUAUAUAACCCGAGACGAGCUCCAGCAAGCUUGCAAGCAAUUUGGCUUAGCCGAUGUUCAUUUAGACGACAUCUUACGCGAAGUCGAUAAGGACAACGAUGGAAGAAUAGAUUACAGUGAGUUCGUGGAGAUGAUGCAAGAUACUGGUUUUGGCAAAAUGGGUUUAAGGGUGAGUUGAAGAAACGAUGAUCACAAUGUUUUUCGAAAAAAAAAAAGAAUUAAUUUAAGCAUAAGUAUUUGUGGAUAUUCACAUCUAGCUUUAGUUUUCUUGAGCAGGUUGUAUUUAAGUUUCUUUCUUCUUCUCGUUUCUUACACUUACACGAGUUAACUAGAAGAAAGUAUAUAAUAGAGGUUUCAUUUUCGAAGUUAUCGUAAUGCUAAUUCAUAUUCAUUUUCAGUGUUAUAUAUUUUAGGUCAAUGUGUAAAAACUCUAAAGAAUCUUCAAAGUUAAAUGUUUUUUUUUUCUGUUCCAUCUAA